AUGGCCGACGAAGAAUCAUGGGAUAGUGGUGAUGUAGCAGCACCCAAGGGGGAUCAAAUUGAGCGCGACGGGUCGCACACUGAAAACCCUGUCGAAGCUGCGUACGACCCAGGUCAUGUUCACGAUGAUUGCAGUGACGAUGGAGCAGACUAUGAUCCUGAAUCCGUCGGCAUGGGCACUGUCGACGCGCCUGCCGAGCUCGCCCCCCCCUCAGCUUUUCGGGCCACGUCGAGACCCAAAAUGGCUGGCGGGUUCAUUGUCGAGGCAUCCGAUGAUGAUGAAGAAUCGAUACCUGCGCGAAUUGUACCGCGCGGCAACAGCGUUCCUGAAAAGGACAGCACAUCGGCGCCUGGCCAAUUGGGCUUUGCAUCCCUGCCCCAAGGUAUGGUCGGCCUUGAUCCGAUCACUCUGUUUGAAGCUCGAAUCAAGGAGGAUCCACGAGGAGAUAUGGAUGCCUGGCUGAAUCUGAUGACUGAAUAUCGGAGCCGCAACAGGCUUGAGGAAUUGCGCAAAGUCUACCACCAAUUUCUGGAAGUUUUCCCUCAGGCAAGCGACAUCUGGGUUCAAUGGGUAGAGUUGGAACUCGGACUAGAUAAUUUCGUUGACGCUGAGCAGCUCUUUGGUCGCUGCUUGAUGACAGUGCCCAAUAUCAAACUUUGGACCGUCUACCUCAACUACAUCAGACGUCGCAACGAUCUAAACAACGAUCCUUCCGGCCAAGCGAGACGAACGGUUACUCAAUCGUAUGAGUUUGUUAUCGACAAUAUUGGAGUUGAUAGAGACUCUGGCGAUGUGUGGCUGGACUACGUUCAGUUCAUCAAAAAUGGCCCCGGCCUGAUUGGGGGUACUGGUUGGCAGGACCAGCAAAAGAUGGACCAGCUGCGCAAGGUCUAUCAUCGUGCCAUCAACAUACCCAUGUCCACUGUGAACUCAUUGUGGAAAGAGUACGACCAGUUCGAAAUGGGUCUCAACAAGGUUACUGGCCGCAAAUUUAUCCAAGAACGCUCGCCCGGCUACAUGUCUGCCAAAAGUGGCAACAUCGCCCUCGACAAUAUUACGAAGCAGCUGCACAGAGUCAGCCUACCCCGUCUUCCACCAGCUCCUGGAUUUGAUGGCGACACCGAAUACAAGGCUCAGGUUGAACUAUGGACGAAGUGGAUUGCUUGGGAGAAGGAUGACCCCCUGGUUCUGAAAGAGGACGACCCCAAGGCAUACACACAGAGAGUCAUUUACUGCUACAAACAAGCUCUGAUGGCCCUACGCUUCUGGCCGGAGAUGUGGGUUGAUGCAGCGGAAUGGUGUUUCCAAAACGAUAUCCGAGAAAACGAGAGUGAAAGUGGCACACUCUUUCUCGAGCAAGGUAUCGCCGCAAACCCACAGAGCGUCUUGCUAGCGCUCAAACUCGCCGAUCGCAUUGAGGCAACAUACGCCGGGAAGGAAGGCGACAAGUUUGCAUAUGCUGAGGCAACUCGGAAGCCUUACGAUGCCAUCCUCGAUACUCUCUAUAGCAUGGGUGACAAGGUCAAGGAGCGUGAGAAGCUUGAAGUCUCAACACUCAAACAGGCUGCCGCACAAGACCCAGAAAUGCAGCAGUCCAUCGAACGAGAAGAGGACCACAAUGGCAAGCCAAGGUUGUCCGCAGGGGAGGAGCGUAUCAAAGCUAUUCAGAAAGCGUACGCGGCCGAGAGCCAGCUCUUGUCCCGAACAAUUUCCUACAUCUGGAUUGCUCUUGCACGCGCAAUGAGAAGAAUCCAAGGCAAAGGUACUCAGACUGAAGGUGGCCUUCGCAAGGUUUUCACCGAUGCUCGACACAGGGGCCGCCUCACCAGUGACGUAUAUGUUGCUGUUGCGCUUCUUGAGUCAGUCGUAUACAAGGAUCCUGUCGGCGCCAAGAUCUUCGAGCGAGGCGCGCGUCUGUUCCCGAAUGAUGAGGAAUUCAUGAUUGAGUACCUAAAAUUUCUCCAUUCCAAGGACGAUACCACCAAUGCCCGCGUUGUUUUCGAAACGUGCGUUAAUCGCCUAAUUUCGAAACCCGAAACUCUAGCAAAGGCUCGUCCGUUAUACGCUUACUUCCACAAAUACGAAUCCCAAUACGGCGAACUCUCCCAGAUCUCGAAACUGGAGGAACGCAUGGCAGAGCUUUUCCCCGAUGAUCCGAGGUUGAAGUCUUUUACAGAGCGAUACUCUUCGGACAAAUUUGACCCAGUUCAUACACCAAUUAUUGUGUCGAAAGCUGUGCAGAUGCGUCCUAAGAGAACCAUGCCCGUCAUCGAACAGCCGGUUCCUAGUCAUGAUAGUCCCGGCCCCUUGCGACAGGAGCAAAGCCCACGGCCACAAUUUUCUCGUGCAACCGCCUCCCCCAAGCGACCAUUCGGAAUGGAGGAAGAUGAACUCAAUCCGCCGAAGCGUGUCGCUCGUGGUGCUUCGCCACUCAAAGGAGCUGCGGGCCGCCGCCUUGAUCAACAGCGACGUAACCAAACAUCGGCGCUACAACGCGACAUUACUUUCCUCCUGGGCAUUCUGCCUCCCGCCCACGCAUACGAUUCGCAACGUCUCACUGCACCCAACAUGGUAUCUCUCCUGCGUGAUACCCCGCUACCUGAUUAUAUGUCUUGGAAAGCAGCUACAGGAGGGCAGUACAGACAGCACACCCAGAUGCAUACGAGACAAACAUCCAGCGAUUUUGCGCGUCCAAUCAGCCCCUACGGCCAAGUCCCGGGUUCCUCCUCUGGAUAUCGUAACUCUCCUCUUGCCGGCGGCUACCAAGCGCCAGGCUCAAACUGGGGAAACUAUGCUACUGGUCAAUUUGGCAGCCAGCGCUACUAG